AUGGCCAGCAGUUGCUUAGCGACAUUACUAUCAAGAGCAAAACCAGUAACCGCUCAAGAGAAAGAGACUAAGAAAAAGGAGCAACAAGUUCCUCAAUUAGACGACUUUCUGAACAAGAGAGACUACACUGGAGCCAUGACUCUACUAGAAUUCGAUAGAGGAGGUGGUAAGGGAAAUGAUGAAGUCAGUUUGUGGAUAGCUUACUGUGCAUUCCACCUUGGGGAUUAUAAGAAAGCUAUGGAGGAAUAUCAAAAGCUUACAUCAAAAGUAGGCUGUAACCCAGACUACUGGUGCUAUUUAGCAUGUUGCUAUUUCCUACUAGGAAUGUAUAAAGAAUCUGAUGCUGCAGCUGAUAAAGGUCCUAAAAGUAAACUACAAAACCGAUUACAAUUUCACUUAUCUCAAAAGUUUAAUGACGAAAAGCGUCUAAUGCAUUAUCAUCAACAAUUACAAGACGUCAUACAAGAUCAACUAAGCCUUGCAUCAAUUCACUAUUUAAGAAGUCACUAUCAAGAAGCUAUAGAUAUUUAUAAACGAAUCUUACUAGAAAAUAGGGAUUAUUUAGCUUUAAACGUAUAUGUGGCCUUAUGCUAUUACAAGCUAGACUACUACGAUGUUUCACAGGAAGUUUUGGCGGUUUAUUUGCAAAAUAAUCCAGAUAGUGUAAUAGCUUUAAAUUUAAAAGCCUGCAAUCACUUCAAGCUUUAUAAUGGAAAAGCAGCAGAGGCUGAAUUGAAGAACCUACAAGAAAUGUCAUCGCCAAGCCUAGUUUUUGCUAAAGACUUGAUAAAACACAAUUUGGUUGUCUUCCGAGGAGGUGAAGGAGCGUUACAAGUUCUCCCACCAUUAAUAGAUGUUAUUCCAGAAGCAAGACUUAAUCUAGUCAUUUAUUACCUGAAGCAAGAUGAUAUUGUAGAAGCUUAUAAAUUGAUUAAAGAUUUAGAACCAACAAUUCCACAAGAAUACAUUUUAAAAGGUGUUGUCAAUGCAGCUCUAGGUCAAGAGCAACAAUCGCGCGAGCAUCUUCGUAUUGCUCAACAGUACUUUCAACUAGUUGGUGGAUCAGCCAGCGAAUGCGAUACAAUACCUGGUAGGCAAUGUAUGGCAGCUUGCUUCUUUCUUCUCAAGCAAUUUGAAGAUGUCUUGAUUUAUCUAAAUUCCAUUAAGAGCUACUUCUAUAACGACGACGUAUUCAAUUUCAAUUAUGCACAAGCGAAAGCAGUUGCAGGAAAUUAUAAGGAAGCUGAAGAGAUAUUUCUCAUGAUACAAAGCGAAAAAAUCAAAAAUGAUUACACAUAUCUUAGUUGGUUAGCUCGAUGCUAUAUUAUGAAUAGAAAAUCACGAUUAGCAUGGGAAUCCUAUCUCAAAAUGGAAACAUCAUCAGAAUCUUUCCAACUAUUAACUCUUAUUGCUAAUGAAUGUUAUAAGAUGGGACAAUUCUACUAUGCUUGUAAAGCUUUUGACGUAUUGGAGAGGAUGGAUCCUAAUCCGGAACAUUGGGAAGGUAAAAGAGGGGCAUGUAUUGGCUUAUUUCAACUAAUUAUUGCUGGUCAUGAACCUCGGGAGACGCUAAGAGAGUUAUUAGCUAUUCUUCGCAACACUGCAAACCCACAAGUUGAGUACAUAAUUCGAAUUAUCAAGAAAUGGGCGAAAGAAAAACGAAUUAACUUGAAUUGA